AUGGGGAACCGCGUUUCUCGGGAAGAUUUUGAGUGGGUCGACACCGAUGAGCCGCACGCGCAGAGGAGGCUUGAGAUCCUGGCAAAGUAUCCAGAGAUAAAAUCCUUGAUGAAGCCUGACCCCAACCUAAUCUGGAUCAUAACUGCGAUGGUUCUCACCCACAUAGCUUCCUUUCACUUAGUGAAAGACUUGGAGUGGAAAUGGGUCCUAUUUUGGUCCUUUGUCUUUGGUAGCUCCAUUAACCAUUCAAUGACUAUGGCUAUCCAUGAGAUUUCCCACAAUUUCCCCUUUGGCCACUACAGGGCGCUGUGGAACCGCUGGUUUGGAAUGUUUGCUAACCUCCCUUUUGGGAUUCCAUAUUCGGUUUCCUAUAAAAUGUAUCACAUGGACCAUCAUCGAUACCUCGGAGUGGAUGGCAUCGAUGUGGAUGCGCCUUCUCAUUUUGAGGGCUGGUUCUUCUGCACCCCCUUCAGGAAGCUUGUCUGGGUUGUUUUCCAGCCUUUGUUUAUUUUCCUUCGACCUUAUUUUGUCAGUCCGAAACCAGUUACUUCUCUGGAAACUAUCAAUAUUGUGGCCCAGAUCACUUUUAACAGUAUGGUUUACUAUGUUUGGGGAAUCAAGUCUUUAGUCUACAUGUUGGCAGCCUCCCUAUUUGGCCUGGGUUUGAACCCAAUUUCUGGGCAUUUAAUAGCUGACCAUUACAUAUUAUUAAAGGGGCAAGACACCACCUCAUAUUAUGGGCCUUUGAACUUCCUUAUGUUCAAUGGGGGCUAUCAUAAUGAACACCACGACUUCCCCAGUAUUCCUGGAAGCCGCCUUCCACAGGUGAGGAAAAUAGCAGCGGAGUACUAUGACAAACUCCCCCAUCACAGCUCCUGGAUCAAAGUACUGUAUGAUUUUGUGACGGAUGACACCCUGAGUCCCUACUCACGGAUGAAGAGGCCUCCAAAAGGGAACGAGAAUCUGGACUAAAUAUCACAGCCAAAGGAAUUCCUCUCCGAGCUUUCUAGUAGCCAACACUGUGGAACUGUCUCCCCACCCUGGCUCUCUCACUGGUAAUUUAACUGAGGCAGCACACAUGCCCAGCAAGAACUCUGCCAAAUGAGCUAUCCUCCCAGGCUGAUUUUUUGCCUGAUUAGUCUUGGGAUCAGUGAUGGACAGAAUCUGUCUUGCUACAGUUUAAACUCAGAUCUCCAUGAUAUUAAGAAUUCACUCUGGCUUUCAGUUGGUCUGACGGUUACAGUGCUCACCUCUGCCUAUAGGGCGCUUGCUUGUUGAAUUAGCAUUCCUGGUGGGGUCUUCACCUAUGUCUAUCAUGUUGUAAGCACAUCACGAAAUGCCUACGUUACUACAGGAUCUUUACCAUUAAAUUUUACUUUAAUUAAAAAAAAGGUUACCAAAUGUGCUGUCAAUCAAAAUGCAUUUACCUUUUUUUGUAUUUCACUGUAUUUUCUGUAUGUUAUAGGGUUACAUUUGUACUUGGGGAAACUUAGCUUUAAAUUCUCUUCCCACAAAAAGGACUAGAAAAGCUCAGAGACUGUGGUGUUCCAGGUCCCAGGGAGGAGACUGACUUGGCGCCCUCUGCUGCACCCAGCUUUAGGUAGUUUACGGGGUUUUGGACUUGGAUCUACGUGCUUCUACCUUAAGCAUUUUACCCAUUUUCCCAGUCCUAUACUUCUGUUCUCAAAAGCACAGAGAGCAGAGCGUGCACACCCUGGGAAGGUGAGCAUCCUGCUUCAGUUUAAGGACAGCAUCUCCUUCUACUGUGCACACUGCAAAGUGGAUGGUCCUCGUUAAAAGGAAAAGAAAGAGGAAGUUCCAAAAUAUGAAGUGACUUCUAUCAGGUUGGCCAGCUUCCUCUUACAGUGGUGGUGAACCGGAACCGGAUCUAGCCACCCUCACUCUAAGUUUAAGGCCUGUCUACUGUCUGUGAUAAUACACUUCAGUUACAUAUCCACAAGAGCCUCCUUGCUCACAUAUGAGAGAAGGGGCUGGGAAAGGGUGUCUUUAGUUGGGAACUGGGUGUCUAAAUGCCAAGACGGAAUUUCAGUAGUUUGGAAGGAAAUCAUCCCCACUGAUGGCUGGUUCCUCCACUCUCCUUCCUGUCCUCUCACAUUCCAAGAGGUGGAGCGGUUUCUGCCUCCAGCCUGGGGUCAUAGAACUAAGGAAAGCUGAGAAGGAAAGAGAAGGCAAGCCGGCCACAUAGGCACGCAUUGUCCACAUGCCCAUGUUUGUGACGGGCAGCCUUGCAGGAUCUGGCUUGUGCCUGCCUCCUUACACAUCGUGCCCUCCGUCCCUACCCAUUGCUGUGUGCCAGCCCCAACACAGUCCUUUGUUCCAUACUCAAGACUGGCACAAAUUAGGGCCUCCUCCACACCACCCCCUGUACCAGUUCCAAUCUGGCCAACUCCUUCCCUAUGCCCAGCUCUCGGCUCAGAGGCCUUCUCUUUGAAGAAUCCUUUCCUAUGCAAUUGCUUAAUUUUUCAGUUUUACUAAAACCAACCCUGAGACAAGGAUCAGAAUAUAAGUGGCUUCUCAGGAAAGAUACCUUAGGGAAGGGCAAGGGAGUGGGAAAUAGGUCAGAAAAGUGAGAGAAAUGUGUACAAAGGAAGUCGUAGGAACCAUGGAACACCCAGGCUGGGGCGCAGCCAGGCAUGGAGAAGCCACCCAGUGGGCACGGGAAACUGAACCCCACCCUGACUCCUGGGACAACUCCUGGACUGUCCCGCCAAUGGCGAUCUCUUGGGUCUGCACGGAUGAAUACACUCACUGUAUUGUCUCCUUUCCCUGCACGCCACGUGACUUUAAAGGUCUCUCUGAGCAGCAAGGAAGCAGAGCUGCACACUGGUCAGCUCCAGCCUCUCUUCACUCAGCCUUGGUCACUCAAACUCUGUGAAAUAGAAAGGGCAGAGAAAAUUCUUAGGCGCAGAGAUCCGUGUCGAAGGCACUAAGGAUCACUGGUCCUGAGCGGAUGGCUAGACAGGA